GAUUUGGCGGCUGGAGCCCUGCGCAGGAGCUGUAGGCAAGAGUGGGCUCCAGUCCCUCCUUAACCCUGCCGGUUGGGUGGGGUGCCCGAGUCCGCACUGAUGACCCCUCCAGCCUGAGCUUUUGAGGGUGACGGGACUGUGGAAAGAUCCGCGCUGGAGCGGAGCGCGCACCCGUGGGCUCCUUGCAGCGGUGGCUGUGCCCUGGUGGCGCGAGGGCGUGAGUGCGCGCGACUCCCCGGCUUUCGCGGGUUUCCCCACCCCUUGCGCAGGGAAGAAGAGCCUAGUCCUACGUCCCCCUGGCUCUCCCCACACACAUCUCCUUGGAGCUCCUUUUGGGUUUGCUCCGGCUUCUGGUCUUGAGCGUCCUGGACUGUUUCCCGUGGAGGCAGCGCUGGGCAGAACGCCCUCGGAGCCGCUGGCGCCGGCCGGGUUCCCUCCGGGGUCCCAGCAGCUGCUUCUCCUUCUCCAGCUCAGGGCUGCGGAUUUUACCGCCCCUGCACAGAAGCCUGCAGCGUGGAGGCUCCCCUCGCGCUCGCCCAGACUCGGCUGCAGAAGGAGGACCCACCUCGCGUCUCCUGCAAGGCGCGCACCUCCGCCGCCACCCUCCACACGCCUAGGAAGUUUUGAAGGUAGAGAAUCUGGGCCCCUCAACUUCCUCUGGACAUGAAUCAAACCGCAGGAGUCUCCAACAGCGUCAGGUGUCCCCCGGGGAAAGGCCACAAGGAACUGGUGGGGAGUAACCCUCCACAGAGGAAUUGGAAAGGAAUAGCGAUUGCACUGCUUGUCAUUCUGGUCAUCUGCUCCUUGAUCGUCACCUCGGUCAUACUUCUGACACCAGCGGAAGAUAACAGUCUGUCUCAAAAGAAGAAGGUCACUGUGGAAGAUCUCUUCAGUGAAGACUUCAAAAUUCAUGACCCUGAGGCUAAGUGGAUAAGUGAUACAGAAUUCAUCUACAGAGAACAGAAGGGAACAGUGAGACUGUGGAAUGUUGAAACAAAUACUUCUACUGUCUUAAUAGAAGGCAAAAAAAUUGAAUCAUUAAGAGCCAUCAAAUAUGAAAUAUCUCCGGAUAGAGAGUAUGCACUUUUUUCAUACAAUGUGGAACCAAUAUAUCAACACUCCUAUAGUGGAUAUUAUGUCCUGAGCAAAAUUCCUCAUGGGGAUCCUCAAAGUCUGGACCCACCAGAAGUCAGCAAUGCAAAACUUCAGUAUGCAGGAUGGGGCCCUAAAGGCCAACAGCUGAUAUUUAUUUUUGAAAACAAUAUCUACUACUGUGCACAUGUCGGGAAACAGGCCAUCCGCGUGGUCUCCACUGGGAAGGAAGGUGUGAUUUACAACGGCCUCAGUGACUGGCUAUAUGAAGAGGAGAUUUUGAAGACACACAUCGCACAUUGGUGGUCUCCGGACGGCACGAGACUCGCCUACGCCACCAUCAAUGAUUCCCGUGUCCCUCUCAUGGAGCUCCCAACUUACACCGGCUCCGUCUACCCCACCGUGAAGCCCUACCACUAUCCCAAGGCUGGAAGUGAGAACCCCAGCAUUUCCCUACACGUUAUUGGCUUAAAUGGACCCACCCAUGAUCUGGAGAUGAUGCCACCUGAUGAUCCACGGAUGAGGGAGUACUACAUCACCAUGGUGAAGUGGGCCACCAGCACCAAGGUCGCCGUGACCUGGCUGAACCGGGCGCAGAACGUGUCCAUCCUCACCCUCUGCGACGCCACCACGGGGGUCUGCACAAAGAAACACGAGGAUGAAAGUGAGGCCUGGCUCCACAGACAGAAUGAAGAACCCGUGUUCUCCAAGGAUGGCCGAAAGUUUUUCUUCAUCAGAGCGAUCCCCCAGGGAGGACGAGGAAAAUUCUAUCACAUCACAGUGUCCUCGUCCCAGCCCAACAGCAGCAACGACAACAUCCAGUCCAUCACCUCCGGGGACUGGGACGUGACCAAGAUCCUCGCCUACGACGAGAAGGGGAAUAAGAUCUACUUCCUGAGCACGGAGGACCUGCCUCGGAGACGACAGCUCUACAGUGCCAACACGGUGGGUAACUUCAACAGGCAGUGCCUCUCCUGCGACCUGGUUGAGAACUGCACCUACUUCAGCGCUUCCUUCAGCCACAGCAUGGACUUCUUCCUGCUCAAGUGCGAAGCAUGUGAAUCAGGAUCGAAUGAAUACAAGCAACCUGAUUUAAUAAAUAAAGGUCCUGGUAUUCCUAUGGUGACGGUGCACAACACAACAGAUAAGAAAAAAAUGUUUGACCUAGAAACAAAUGAACAUGUCAAGAAGGCCAUAAAUGACCGACAGAUGCCUAAAGUGGAAUACAGGAACAUCGAGAUUGAUGAUUAUAACCUGCCCAUGCAGAUCCUGAAGCCAGCAACCUUCACCGACACCACCCACUACCCUCUACUCCUGGUGGUGGAUGGCACCCCAGGGAGCCAGAGCGUGUCUGAGAAGUUCGAGGUGAGCUGGGAGACGGUGAUGGUGAGCAGCCACGGCGCGGUGGUGGUAAAGUGUGACGGCCGCGGCAGCGGCUUCCAAGGGACCAAGCUCCUGCACGAAGUGAGGCGGCGGCUAGGCUUGCUGGAGGAGAAGGACCAGAUGGAGGCCGUGCGGACGAUGCUGAAGGAGCAGUACAUCGACAGGACGCGCGUGGCCGUGUUUGGGAAGGAUUACGGUGGCUACCUGAGCACCUACAUCCUCCCAGCGAAGGGAGAAAAUCAAGGCCAGACGUUCACCUGCGGCUCUGCUCUCUCUCCAAUAACAGACUUCAAACUCUACGCCUCCGCAUUUUCCGAGAGGUACUUGGGCCUCCACGGACUUGACAACAGAGCGUACGAGAUGACCAAGGUAGCCCAUCGAGUCUCCGCGCUGGAAGAACAGCAGUUCCUGAUCAUUCAUCCCACUGCUGAUGAAAAAAUUCAUUUCCAGCACACAGCAGAACUCAUUACACAACUAAUUAGGGGAAAGGCUAAUUACAGCUUACAGAUUUACCCCGACGAAAGCCAUUACUUUCACAGCGCCAGCCUCAAACAGCAUCUGUACCGGUCCAUCAUCAACUUCUUCGUGGAAUGCUUCAGGAUCCAGGACAAACUGCCCACAGUCACAGCGAAAGAGGACGAGGAGGACGACUAACCUCAGGUCGCUCUAAGCACAAACGUGGCUCUUUCUACAACCAGAUGCAACUGAGGGAUUUCCCUGCCCUCCCUCUUCCCUGGGAGGGGAGGGGCGGGGCGGGGCGGGGCGGGGCCGGGUGUGCCACAGCAUGUGUGUCUCGGAUGCAGUUUUGCUUGGGAAACAAGCUCCUUCCCCGGGGUCCUCGCUCGCGGCCUCCAUCGCACCAGGGACAACUCCGUCCCCGCAGCAGCGCCUCCUGCUGGCGCCCGAGAGACCGGCACGCCGUGGCCCCUCCCCCAAGGAACCGAGCAAAGGAUGGUGGCGCCAAAGCCCGCGCGAGCCCACAGAACACCGGCCCCUAGAUUCCAGCCACCCGGCGGAAGCAUGAGACCCGCCCACGAGCCUCUGUGUUCCCGUUCGCAGCAUCACACCCUGUCUCAUGUCACAGUGCCACGGACACAGCAGUUACAGCACAAUCGUUUAGCAGUGCGCGUUCAUAGAUGGGCUUGCUACGUCCUGUCAUUAGGACAUCCAACAUCGUGAGGGGCUACAAGGAAACCCUUUUCUGUACAAAGUCUUACUGUAGCUACGCUAAUGGUUAGCCUGAUAGAAUUAACUCGUAUUUUUCUAUGGUUUUAACCUGAUGCUCCAGUGUCUCCGUCGCGGGGUGGUUUUGCUGUUUUGGGUUUGGCUUUGUUUCGCUCUCCUUUCUCCAGUCCACGUGUAAACUUUCCGCUUGUUUGGAUGAAGAAGCAGAUCAGAAGUAACUGUUCCCUCCUCAAGGCUGUCUUCAGAGGUCUUGGAGACGCUCCUAAACACUGAGGGGGAGGACAGCCAGUAGUACCCAUUAAAAGAAAUACGUAAAUAAAACCUGUCUCCCACUGAGCUGUGCUAGGGCUUGGCUGUAGAUGUGCACUGUCUAUUUACAUCCGUCCUUACAACCAUCCUUGUCCUCCUUGGUACGGUAUCAAGCUUUUUCCCAUGACAUUUGGUUAAAAAACAAAACAAAACAGAAAAAAGACGAAGGGUCAACUCCACCCCCAGGUCUGCUGUGUGUGCUCGGGCCACGGGAGUCCUGAGGGUUCUGUGGGCCUGCGCGCUUCCCUCUCCCAUCGUCGGGGGAGGCUCCGUGACCUUCCUGCCACGAGCAGGAGGUUGAUGAAGUGCUAUGUUAGCCUUGUAAGAUACACUCCCACCAAAUGUGCGGCCGGUGUUCCCAGUGUAUAUUUCGUUCUGUUGUAUAUAAAGGAAGCAACGUGUGUCAGACCUCUGUGCGGUCAACCCAACCUCCUCCCGCCAGUGCUAACCCCGUGUUGAGCCUGCAUGCUGACACUCUGGCUGAUCUGGACUCUAGAAGUGCUAGUUUGAAAUAUAUCCAUUACUGUCAUUUCCUUUUGAGCUUGUGGACAAGCUGAAUGUCAGGACUGACUUCUCCAGCUCCCAGCCCUGCGGGGGUGUCCUUGGCAUCCUGUCAGCAGAGGAGAUGCAUCCCUGUUGCAUUUUGGCAUUUGGGGUUUUGGGUUUAUCCACACGAGCUCUGAACGUCCGUUAUAGUUGGGGUGAUUGGAGGAUCUCUGUCACCGGGUGUUUUAAAGGUGAGUCACCACCAUUUGUGAAAGGACCAAUGUGCUGACAAAAGGACCGAUCCGAGUGCUACGUGACUGUGCGUUUGCUAUUUCAAUGGGCCUGAACGACUACAAAGCCAGCUCGGUCUGGAAGGGGAAGCCAGCUCUGGCCACGACACCUGGUCGGAGGGACGUGGGGAUGUGGCAUGGUAGCGUCUGUUCAUCCAUGGAAUAAAACAUUAUUUUACCACUC